AUGUCCUUCUCAUUUGGCUUCUCCGGAGACGACAUAGACCACGACAUCGAUCAGUCUCAAACACAAACCAUCACAACCCAAAGCCAACCUCCAGCAUCAUACAGCGCCUUCCCCGUCGCCGGCAAGCCCCAGCUCCCAGCCACUCUCCACAGCCUCUCCGACUUCCUCUCACAGCUGCCCUCCAAGCUCGCCUACGAUCUGCUCGACAUUGACGUUGCAGACGACGGCGCCAGUGAAACUCGCCUGCGGUUGCCUCGCCGCGAGCUCUGGGAUGUAAGAGUGCAGCUCAUGGCCGAGGACGACGAGGUGGUCAAUGGCGAGGAUCGGGUCGACGACGGUGGGCUGGGCAAGCAUGAUGUCAAGACGGGCAUCUAUGAAGGCGGUUUCAAGAGCUGGGAGAGCAGCAUUGAUCUCGUCAAGGUGCUUGCCGCUCAGGACGAGCUCACAGCCGCUCAACAAGCUUCAUCUCUUCGUGUAGUCGAGCUGGGUUGUGGAACUGCUCUUCCCUCUCUUGCAAUGUUCACCUGGAUCAUGCAAAGGCAAUCACGCAACCAAUGGCAACAAAAUCCCUGCUCAUUCGUCCUGGCCGACUACAACCCAUCUGUCCUCCGCCUCGUCACUCUGCCCAACUUUGUCCUCGCCUGGGCCCUCCACAACACUCACAACCCAGCCCUCCAAGACGCCUUCAACAUCGAAGGCGAGCUUGAACUGUCCCCCGAGAUAAUCCAAGCCUUCGAGCAGUUCCUCUCGUCCAGCGGCAUUCACCUGUCCUUCAUCUCCGGAGCCUGGUCCCCCGAGUUCAUCAGCUGCCUGUACCAUCUACCAGCCUUCUCAUCGGGCCUGCCAGCGCCAAUCACGCUCAUGGUGGGCGCAGAGACCAUCUACUCUCCAUUUGCGCUGCAGGCAUUCACGCAAACAGUCUUUACCAUCCUUGAACGAGAGCGGGGUUCGGGUGCUACAGCAGCUGCAUAUGUAGCUGCCAAAAGACUAUACUUUGGAGUCGGCGGCUCACUGGACGACUUCAUCGAGGCGGCCCGCUCAAAGGGCGCCACUGUUUCAGAGCUAAGAGAGGAGAGCGAGGGUGUACGACGUGGCGUUGUUCACUGCAUCCUGCAGAAGUCAUGA